AUGAAAACUGAAAAGAACGCUAGAACGGCGUCUGUCGAAAAGAAGGCGCGACAGCUAGGCGGAAAUCAACGCUGUGCGAGAGUUUUGCAGCGAAGAAUAGAAGAAAGACAAGGGGAGAGAGUUUGUAUGACAAAUGCAACGCCUCCUGUGACGCCUGCAGUAUUUAAACUUUGA